AUGAGUUCACUUAGCUACUCCACUCCUGCUGAAGAAGAGGAGGUCUGCUGGACGGAGAAAGAAGAAGAGUCUGUCACAGUUAAACAAGAAGUAGAGGAUGAGUCUGUUACAGUUAAACAAGAAGUAGAGGAUGAUGAAGAUGGAGAAGAGGAAGGGGAGAUUACUGUCACGUUGAAAGAGGAAGAAGAGGAGGGGCAGAUUACUGUCACGUUGAAAGAGGAAGAAGAGGAGGGGCAGAUUACUGUCACGUUGAAAGAGGAAGAAGAGGAGGGGCAGAUUACUGUCACGUUGAAAGAGGAAGAAGAGGAGGGGCAGAUUACUGUCACGUUGAAAGAGGAGGAAGAGGAGACGGGAGAUCUGAGUAACACCAGAAAGAGACCAGAUUCUCACUCCAGUAGGAAGAGAUUCUCCGAUAGCGGGAAGAGUCCUUCAGGGAAACCAGAACCAGAGACUCCCAAACCAGCAAGACGACACCACUGUUCCCAUUGUGGAAAGAGUUUUAUGAAGUUAUGGAAGCUUAAAGAGCAUGAGAGAACACACACGGGAGAAAAGCCUUACCAAUGUUCCCAAUGUGGAAAAGAGUUUUACCGU